AUGGUCCCUGACCUGCUGCUGUGCUUGAGCUUUGGUUAUGCAGCAGCCCUCAAACCCACAUGCCUAUCAGCUCAGUUUAGAAGGCCUGGUGAUUAUAUCAUAGGAGGCUUGUUCCCUUUUGGAACGGACACCAUAAACCUGACGGCGCGAUCAGAGCCCACAUUAGUUGUGUGUGACAGGUUAUUUGUAGAUGGGCUAAUAUGGGCUCUUGGGAUGAAGUUUGCUAUCGAUCAGAUCAACAAUUCCACUUCACUUCUCCCAGGAGUAAAGCUGGGCUAUGACAUGUAUGACACCUGCUUUGAGCCAGUGGUGGCCUUACAGCCCAGCUUGCUAUUUCUGACCCGAAACGGCACGACGAGCAUUGGAGUACGGUGCAACUACACUGACUACCAGCCUCGUGCAACUGCCGUGAUUGGACCACAUAAGUCAGAUCUUUGCCUGGUAACAGCCAAACUGUUCAGCUUCUUCUUGGUCCCACAGGUCAGCUAUGGAGCCAGCAGUGAGAAGCUCAGCAACCCGGAGUUGUACCCAUCCUUCUACCGUACUGUUCCCAGCGAUAAGAACUUGGUGGAAGCUGUGGUCCUGCUACUGAACAAGUUUGGAUGGAACUGGAUUGCCACUAUCGGAAGCGAUGAUGAAUAUGGCCGAGGAGCCAUGGGGCUAUUCUUAAGCUUAGCUAGAAAUCACAGCAUCUGCAUUGCGUUCGAGGGGCUAAUUCCUACAGACCUCACAGACCCCAAAGCCAAAAACCAACUGGAAGAUAGCAUUAAGUUAAUUAACAAGACCAAAGUCAACAUCAUUGUCCUUUUUGCCUUUAGUCAGCCAGCCCAGGCCCUGCUGGAACACAGCAUCAGAAUGGGACUGGGCAAGAAAGUCUGGAUCGGCACGGAAGCCUGGAUGUUGUCUGACAUAGUUGCCUCCAUCCCAAAUAUUCAGAGCAUUGGGACAGUCUUAGGCCUUAUUAUGAAAGCAGGCAUAGUCCCUGGCUUUCAGAAAUACGUUGCCGACCUCUUUACUUCUGUUCCAUGUCAGGAAUCUAGAGAAUUCAACCACCUCAUGAACUCUGACAUGCUGGAUACACAUUGCAAAGAGUGUGACCACAUCUCGCUGCAUGACAUCUCGUUCACACUAAGCCGCUCACAAAUACAACCAGUGUACGUCGCAGUCUACAGCGUGGCUUAUGCACUGCACAGAGCGCUGGGGUGCACCCACCAAGCGUGCCCCAAGGCAUCCAUCAGAUCUUGGCAGCUGCUGCACUUCAUGAAUACCCUCCCGUUCAAGGUGAACGGCCAAAGUUUCAGGUUUGAUCAAUCUCAUGGCACAAACACUGGCUACAAGCUUAUAUUCUGGUCCUGGAAAAAUGGCACCCUUACGUAUCUGACUGUAGGCGACUAUGAAGAGACCUUGUAUAUCAAUAAGUCCCAGAUUCAGUUUCACACUGCAGAUCAAAAGGAGCCUACAUCAGAGUGCUUCAGACAAUGUAAACCAGGACAAUUCAGACAAAUAAAAGGGUUCCACCUCUGCUGCUAUGACUGUACAGAUUGCCCAGAAAACACCUUCUGGACCCCCAAAGACAGCUCCACUUGCACUCCCUGCCUAGAGCAUCAGUGGUCCCCUGCCCGGAGCACACAAUGUUAUGACCGCAGCGAGAGAUACCUCUUUUGGAAUGAGCCGCUCACCAUUGCCUUGCUGAUAUUGAUGUCCAUCACCGUAUCUCUGAUUUGUUUGACAGCAGUGGUCUUCUUAAAGAACCUCGAGACUCCCCUUGUGCAGGCUUCCGGAGGCAAACUGAGCCUCUUUGCCUUGUUCACACUCAUGCUGCUGUGUCUCAGCUGCUGUCUCUACAUAGGCAAGCCCAGUAACAAACUUUGUGUGAUCCAGCAGAUAGUCUAUGCUCUGUGCCUCAAUGGUUGUUUUUCUACCUUCUUCAUCAAGUCCCUUGAGAUCACCCUUGUGACGGAGUGCCCUCACUGUGCCCCCAUCUUCUUGUCCUGGGUGAUCCAGAGGAGGGCCUGGCUCCUGGUUGCUUCAUGCCUCCUCACUGAGUGCUUGUUCUGUUUCUGCUAUCUUCACUUGGGUCCUGACUAUCUCCUGUGUGACUACAAGUCACUGCCCACUGAAGUUCUACUCGUGUGUAACACAGAGUCCUGGUUUGCCUUUGCCCUGAUGCACGGCUACAAUAGCUGCUUAGCCUUUGUCUGCUUCUUGUGCACAUUCAUGGUACAAACUUCUGGUAAGAAAUACAAUAUUGCCAGGGGCAUCACAUUUGCCAUCCUAACCUAUUUCAUCAUCUUGAUCUUCUUCAUUGCUAUUUUUGCCACGCUGAAGACAGUCCUCAGGUCUGUUACUCAGAUCGGUACCAUUUUGACAACAAGCCUGGGUAUCCUGGGGACCUACUAUAUCCCUAAAUGCUACAUCAUCUUGCUUAAGCCUGAUCUGAACACAGUGGAUUAUUUCCAGAAUUCCAUCAAAGAGGAGCCAGAGGAGGACUCAAUAAACAGACAAUAA